AUGGCCCCAAGUAAUACUAUCUCCAUGGCUCAACUCUGUUGUUGCAUUCUCAAACCCAUUUCUGGAGGGUUUUCAUGGCGAAAACUUCCUGGAUGGUUGAAAUGGUUAGCCUUGUGCCGCUGCAUAAUCUGCCACAUCGUUUUCUGGUUUGGAGCUUUCCUACUCAUUUUCUGGCUGAUCUUCCUUCCUGACGAGCCUAGAUUUACUGUUACGAAUGCCUCUCUAACCCAAUUCAAUUUCAACGGUAGUGACAACGAAAAAGGUACCAAUCUUCACUACCACCUCGCCCUCAACAUCACCAUCAGAAACCCCAAUAGAAGGGUCGGCAUUGACUACCGUAGCAUGACAGUGUCUGCUAGCUACAGAAAGAAGAAGUUUGGCCUCGUAAAUUUGAUGGAUUCAGUACCAUUUUACCAAGGCCACAAGAACACAACUUUUUUGCAUCAUCUGGUGCUUCAAGGGCAGCAGCAGUUGGUGAAAUUCGGGAAGCGAGACAUCUCCCAGUUUGACAAGGAGACUGCUGCUGGGGUUUAUAAUAUUACUGUGCAGGUUACUUUUCGGGUCAAGAUCAGGUAUGGAAAGUUUAAGGCCAACUUUUUUAAACCAGAAACCUACGAUGACCAGCAGAUCAACUGCGAGCUGAAACUUCCUAUAAGUAUUACUUAUAAUGAGACAUCUGGGGGUGGUUUCAAGGCUACAAAGUGCGGCGAUGUUGGUAUAUUUUCUUAA